UCUCCUCGUGAGUCGGUUGUUCGAAACGAAACGACAUACACACACAAAUCUUUUUCCAGAAUUUGAAGCUUUCGAUACAUGGUCGCCUCCACAUUUCUCAUCUUCCAGGAGAUCGAACCUUCACAAUCAGUUAGUUAUGUACCUAGCUCGGACUCGAAAUCUAUACUCGGAUAAUGGAACUCGCUGAUUCCAAACCAGAACAACCAACUCGUUCCAGUCUCGCCAUCGAUCUCAAUGAAAUCCCUUCGUCUUCCUCAUCCGAAACCCUACCUUCUGACGCCGCCUUCGACUUCGUCCGGGCCUACCACGACCACCCGACGCCGCCCGCUGGAGCUCCGGCCGAGAUUCCCGGGGACUCUCACGGUUCGUCAUGCGGUGCGUGUGGCCGGCCAGAGGUUGUGGGAAAAACGGUGGUCUGCGACGGAUGCGAGCGCGGGUUCCACCUCGGUUGCUCCGGAUUGGUGGGACGAGAGGCGGUGGCGUUGGACGAGUGGUUGUGUGGAGAGUGUGUGAGCAGUGGAGUGUCGAGUAGUCGGUGGCCUUUGGGAUCGAAAAAGCGUCGGAUUAUGAACAUUAAUGCUUCACCUCCAAAUGAUGGUGAAGACGAGGGGACUGAGGAACUGCCGGGUUUGAGAAAGCACACUCCAGAUGAUAAUUCUUUUGGUGGCAAUCCAUUUGGUGCCCCAGUGGCAUAUUCAAACUUGUAUGCGGGAAAUGAAUUUGGUUUGCAAAAAGAAUCUGGUAUCGAGACACAUACUGCCAAAUUGAGUUUUGAAGAUAUAUUACAACACUCGUUGACUGAGGGUAGAAGUUCUGAGGAGGUGGAUAUGCACUCCCUUUUAGGAAGGUUUAGGAGUAAUAAUCAUAGAAAUAUUAAGUUGCCACCUCAACACCUGAGCAAGAUGUAUUUACAGGCUCUUGGCGAGUUCGUUUUUCAAAGGAAUGGUGUACUAGAAGAAGGUUGGCAUGUGGAAUUUAGAACAUCAAUAAACAGUGGUGAACUACAUGCUGUUUACUGUGCUCCAAAUGGGAAAAUAUUUGAGUCAUUGCCCGCAGUUGCCUGUUAUCUUGGGUUGACAUCUAAUAGAAACUCUGUAGAACCCGAAGUAAGAAGUGAUGACCCUGCUUCACUGCAGAGAAGGCUGCAUUUACCCAAAAUACAGAAGUCUGCUGGACUAACAAUGGCAAAUGGUGUCACUAAAAAUAAUGGGACUUCACUAAGUGGAUCACGUGAAGUUCCUCCAUUUGACUUCCAUACUAUGGAUCAGGCCAGCGAACAUGGAAAUAAUGUAGAAGUCAUGGAAAUUACGACAGAAGAGAACAGUAGCAUUGGGCCUCAACAACUUAAUGAUGGACUUCCAGUUCAGUAUGAAGAUUUAUUUGUUCUUUCUUUGGGGAAAAUUGACACUAGAUUAUCUUAUCAUACUUUCAACCAGAUCUGGCCUAUUGGCUAUAGAUCCUGCUGGCAUGAUAAGAUCACUGGAUCUCUUUUUAUGUGUGAUGUGUCAGAUGGUGGAAAUUCUGGACCCAUUUUCAAGGUCAGAAGGUGCUCGUGCUCUGCAUUGUCCAUUCCUGAUGCUUCAACUGUUCUCUAUAGGUCAAAUUGUUGUCAAAACAAAGAAGAAAAUGAUGAGAUUACUUCUGUCAAUGUAGAUUAUGAUGAGGAUUGCAUUGUUCAGAUGAUCCUCUCAGACCCUUCCCCGCCUUUGGAACAUGAUAUUUUGUCAUGCCUUGGCAGUUAUGAUGAAUCUAAUGUGCAGACAUCAAACCGCUUGCAGCUUGAAACCGGUACCCAUUGUGAAAGAUUUGGAAACCUUUUAUCUGAUAAUUUAGAUUUGAGUGACGACGUUGGCGACUUUUCGGUUGAAGAGUCUUCCUCAUCUUCAGCGUGGAGAAUGAUGUCUAAAAAAUUCAUCGAAAUGUGCCGUGAAUUCUAUGUUAAGAGAGGUACUCUAAAGUUCUUUUGCAAGCACGUUGAAAAUAGAACAUGCUCAGCUCACUGGGUUUCUGAUGGAAGUAAUGAGGAAAAAUUUGCUUCAUUGGCCAAAUUAUGCUGUUCAUUCUGCUCCUUCACCAUCCCAUCUGUUAUUCAGGAUAAUAAAAAGCUUGAAACUGUGUUUGAAGCUCUGGUGAAAUGGCUGGACCAGGAUAGAUUUGGAUUAGAUGUGGAAUUUGUGCAACAAUUUGUAGAAAGGCUUCCUGGUAUUCUUGCCUGCUCACAAUAUGUACUUCUGAAGGAAAGAAGUAACAGUUCUUCAUCUGUAACGGUUGGAAAUGGGCUUCUACUGGCAAAUACAAAGGGUGGAGUACAAGCUUCUGAUGAAGAAGCAUUAGAUGGUUUGUUUAGAGGCUCCAAACAGAACAGUAUGCAGGUGGUUGAAGACCCUGUAAUGAAAAAACAUUGCCUUCCUCCUGGAAAGCCUAUUAGCUCAAGGCUUCCUUGUCAGCUUGUUGGUGAUGUUCUUCAGGUAUGGGAGUUGCUGCUGCGCUUCUUUGAAUUUUUGGGUUUAAGAGAGCCUUUGUCAUUUGAAGAACUUGAAAAGGAACUUAUUAGCCCAUGGUCUGAUGGCUCAUGUCUUCAAGAGAAAUUAGGAGGGGAAUUCCACAAUAAUCAAGACAUUUUUUGUAGAACUAAUGGUACAGGUGGGCACAUCAUAUCACCGAGAAAUGAAUCUGGUUCAGCAGUUCCUGUUGAAGGUCCACAUGAAUUCAUACAAAUUAAAACGGGAGUUAUGAAGGAAGCGGCCCAAGCUAGAAUGACAUCAGUUAGUUUUAGCAAGUGCACAGGUUUCACAUUGACGAAGGCUCACUGCUCACUGUUGAAAGUGCUAAUAAGUGAACUGCUGUCCAAAGUGGCUGCAAUUGUAGAUCCAAAUUUUGAUACUGGGGAGCCAAAAUCAAAACGAGGAAAGAAGAAGGAUAUAGACUGCUCAACUGCCGCAAAAAGAACCAAGGUCAAUGUGCUUCCUAUUAAUGAAUUGACUUGGCCAGAAUUGGCUCGGAGAUAUGUUUUAGCUAUCUUAUCCAUGGAUGGUAACUUCGACUCUGCAGAGCUAACUAUCAGUGAGAGCAGUAAAGUUUUUCAUUGCUUGCAAGGUGAUGGUGGAGUGCUCUGUGGUUCACUUACUGGAGUGGUGGGAAUGGAAGCGGAUGCAGUGUUGCUUGCAGAAGCUACCAAGAAAAUUUUUGGUUCUUUGAACAGAGAUAAAGAUAUUCUGACCUUUGAUGAUGGAGGAUCUGAUGGAGCUGGUGCUUGUGAAAGGUCCAAGAUGACUGAUGAUAAUAUUCCGGAGUGGGCACAGUUGCUGGAACCUGUUAAAAAGUUGCCCACAAAUGUGGGAGCUAGAAUCAGAAAAUGUGUCUAUGAUGCUUUGGAGAAAGGCCCUCCAGAAUGGGCGAAGAAAAUAUUGGAGCAUUCAAUCAGUAAGGAAGUAUAUAAAGGAAAUGCAUCUGGACCUACAAAGAAAGCUAUAAUUUCAGUGCUAGCAGAUGUUUAUGGUGAAGGUGUGCGGCAGAAACCUGAUAGGGAAAGAAAGAGAACGAUUCAUAUUUCUAUAUCUGAUAUAAUUAUGAAACAAUGUCGUAUUGUACUACGUCGUGCAGCUGCUGCUGAUGAUGCAAAAGUCUUCUGCAACUUGCUGGGAAAAAAACUGAUAAGCAAUAACGAUAAUGAUGAUGAGGGAAUUCUUGGAUCUCCAGCUAUGGUCUCACGCCCUCUGGAUUUUAGGACUAUUGAUUUGAGAUUGGCUGCUGGAGCCUAUGACGGAUCACAUGAAGCCUUUCUUGAGGAUGUUCGAGAGUUGUGGACCAAUAUUCGUAUUGCUCAUUGUGAUCGCCCUGAUAUGGUUCAGUUGGCCGAGGCAUUGCUGAACAAUUUCGAAUCAUUGUAUGAGGAGGAGGUUGUCAGACUAUUCCAGAAACUUGUGGGGUUUGCUAAAUCAAAAUGCUUAAGUGCUGACUCAAAGAAGGAAAUCAAUGAUUUUCUUGUACCUGCAAGUGAACUUCCGAAAGCCCCUUGGGAAGAGGGGGUUUGUAAAAUAUGUGGCAUUGAUAAAGACGAUGACAGCGUUCUAUUGUGUGAUACUUGUGAUGCAGAGUAUCAUACUUAUUGCUUGAAUCCGCCACUUGCAAGGAUUCCAAAAGGAAACUGGUAUUGUCCAUCUUGUGUGGCUGGUAAGCACAUGGUUCAAGAUGCAUCGGAAUGUACAUCAAUCAUUUGCGAAGACCGAAAAAGAAAACAUGGAGAAGUUAGCUGUUUAUACUUGGACGCACUAAGACAUUUAGCUGUUGUAAUGGAAGAAAGGGAGUAUUGGGAGUUUAGUGUAGAUGAGAGAAUAUUCUUGCUUAAUAUUCUUUGUGAUGAGUUGUUGAAUACUACGCUUAUUCAUCAACAUCUUGAGCACUGUGCCAAAGAGUCUGCUGACUUGCAGCAGAAAUUGCGUUCUUUGUUUGUAGAGUGGAAAAAUUUAAAGCAGAAAGAAGAAAUCUUAGCUGCAGAAGUUGCGAUUAUAGAGAGAAAUUUUAGUAAUGCAGUUGGAAAUGUUGGUAAAGAAGGGCCUGCUGCCCUUGCAAACAAUGGUAAAUGUUCUCGAUGGCAGCAUGUGUUGAAUGAUGGGCCCGAUUUUAGUAAUGCUUUUUCUGAGGAUGUUGCACAACUUAAGGGGGGUAAAAAAGGGAUCAGUUCUGUUGUUUCUAAUAAAUACCCAUCUGCCAAUAAUUUUUUGAGAAAGUGUUCUGUCAACAGCCAAAUUACUGAUUGUAUGGAUGUUGAACAUCAAUCCCAAGAUGUCCAGCCAUUGGUAAGCGGCAGCCACUUGCUUGUGUCAAAUCUUCUUCAACAAGAAACUGCUGACUUGAAUAGAGAAAACAGUUCCCACUGUGACAUGCAAAAAUAUGUGGCAAUGGAUGUUGAUACUCUAGGUUCUUCUGAAGAUCUGCAUGGAAAUUGUCUUCACUUGGAUACAGCAGAGAGCAGCCAUACAAUUGAGCAUGUGACCCCUACAGUCAUGAAUGAUUCACAUGCAAACAGCCUUGAGUUACUUCCAGUGAUGAAUGAGAUCUCAAUUCUGCAGGACUCGAUUACCAGUAUAAAGAAGCAACUUCUGAAGCUCUCUUUGAGGAGGGAGUUUUUGGGUAGUGACUCUGCUGGCAGAUUGUACUGGGUCUUAGCCAAGCUGGAUACACAUCCUUGGGUGAUUGUCAGCGGGAGCAUGGCGGAGCAGCAGGGAGACAAAAUGACACAUCUUCGGACCUCAGAGAACUGCUCGGUUAUGAGAAAUUCUGCUCCACAUGACAUGGGUGUUUGUUUGACUCCUAGGGGUUCAGGAGCUUUCUGUCCUUUUACGCAUGAGUUCAAUGAUGCCAGUUCCAGUUUCUCUCCUUGGGUUUUCUAUCAAUCUGAUGCUGAGAUCAAAGAACUAGUUGAGUGUUUGAAAGACAAUGACCCACAAGAAAGAGAACUGAAAGAAUCCAUCUUGCACUGGCAAAAAGUAAAAUUCCAAGACACUCCACGUUCUGGAUCCGAAAAUCAGAAUGGGCUGCAAAUAGAUUCAGAAAAGUCGAGAACUAGUGAAAAGUUUAUUUCUUCUAAUCGUCUUGUUACUAAGGCAGCCAGAUUGCUGGAGACUAAGUAUGGUCCAUGCUUUGAGCCAGAUGCAAUUGACUUCGUGAAGAAGAGGGGGCGAAAGGCAAAAUUUGCAACUGAAGAUAAAAUGUUCAGGUGUGAAUGCUUAGAACCUGUUUGGCCUUCUAGAUGUCAUUGCUUCUCUUGCCACAGAACCUUCUUCACUGAUGAUGAACUUGAGGGGCAUAAUAAUGCCAAGUGCAAUGCAGUUGCACCAGUUUAUGAGAAGAGCAAAGAAAACAGUGUUUUAAAGGGGAAGGGCAAAAUGAAAUCUGAGAAUGCACCAGAGGAAUGCAUAGGUGAAAUAAAUACUGUUGAAACAUCCAAAAGUGGGUGUUCUGGGUUCAGUUCAAGCCUGAUUAAAUAUCAAAAUGAUGGUUUAGUAUGCCCGUAUGACUUUGAAGAUAUCUGCUCCAAAUUUGUGAUAAAAAGUACUAACAAGGAAUUGGUGCAGGAAAUAGGUCUUAUAGGUUCUAAAGGGAUUCCAUCAUUUCUUCCAACUGUAUCUCCUUAUCUCAGUGAUUCUACACUAAUGCUAAUUCCCCCUGAAAGAGACUUAUGUGUUGCAGAUGAUGAGCUUGAAGCUGAUGAGUAUCUAAACUCAAUCCAGGGGAACAAUAUGGCAACGAAUGAAGGCCAUGGUAAUAUUUCUGAUAAUUUUCCCAAAACAUAUGCUGCAAACGAAUGCAGUGAAGCAUUGGAAAACGAGAAACCAGCAUUUUGUUGCUUACAGCAGAUAGAUAAUAGAAUGUCAUCAUGUGGUCGUGCUCCAGUAGUAGGGGUUAGCAACUGCUGCAUCGUCCCCAAGUCUUCAUUAAGGCCACUAAUAGGCAAACCUUCUCAAAUUUUAAGGCAACUCAAGAUCAAUUUACUGGAUAUGGAUGCUGCACUUCCUGAUGCAGCUCUGAGGCCAUCAAAGGCGCACUUAGAAAGGAGAUGGGCCUGGCGUGCAAUUGUUAAAUCUGCAGAGACCAUAUAUGAGAUGGUUCAAGCAAUAAUCAUAUUUGAGAACAUGAUCAAGGCAGAGUACUUGAGGAAUGUGUGGUGGUACUGGUCAUCACUCUCAGCUGCUGCCAAGAUAUCUACCUUGUCUUCCCUUGCUUUGCGUUUAUACUCCCUGGAUGCUGCCGUCAAUUAUGAGAAUGUUUUUUCCAAUUUAGACCCACUUGAUCCUAGCAGCAGGCUAGACCAGAGUCCGCAGCCUGGUUUAGACGCAACAGAAAAAUCCAAGUUUAGCAGGAAAACAAACAAGAAGAGGAAGGAAGCCGAGGGUUGAUUAUGGGUAAUAUUGGUUCUCUACUUGAGGAGAUUUCAACUGGGUGAUGUUGCUCUUGAUGUAAACGGGAAUAAGCAAUAGGCAUGUUAUAUAAUAUGAAACGUUGGUAUAGCCACAUUGUGGAUUGUAUAGCAAAUGGACCCACAGGACAAAGAGGAGGAUUGAAAAGAACACAGCUGCUGCUGCCAUCUCCUCGAUGUGUAUAGGAAUCAAAACUAACAUGCUAACCUGGAGGUUUUAUUGGAAGGCAAAUUUUAUCGAUUUCUUCAUGGAGGUUAGGAAAUAACCAGAGGCAAAGUUGCAUGACAAUGUACCCAAUUUUGGAUUCGGACUACAUUUUGUUGCAGCUUUCGGAUAUGUUGUUUUGAAGGAGAGAGGAAACCUUUCCCAGAGGAGCAAUACUGGCAUACACAUACAAAAGGAAUUGAUGUCAAAAAAAGAAGAAAAUAAAACGAUGCUUAGCAGGUGCAAUUAGUAUUUCAUUUUUUACUACGUCCUCUUCUCGUAGCAUUUGUUGACCUGUUGCUGUUAUGAUGAUGAGAUAUACUAUGCCCUUUAUAUAAUGGUUCUUGAUAAUUCAAAGUUCUGCCAUCAUAUUCUAUAAAUGUUGUUUUUUAAUCAUUCAGGUAAA